CCGCAGCCCCUCCGCGGCGGAGCGCCCGGCGCCAUGCCCAAGAAUAAAGGCAAAGGAGGUAAAAAUAGGCGACGAGGUAAGAAUGAGAAUGAAUCAGAAAAAAGAGAACUGGUGUUCAAAGAAGAUGGGCAAGAAUAUGCCCAGGUGAUCAAGAUGUUAGGCAAUGGAAGACUGGAGGCAUUAUGUUUUGAUGGUGUGAAGAGGUUAUGUCAUAUUAGAGGGAAGCUAAGAAAAAAGGUCUGGAUAAAUACAUCUGAUAUUAUAUUGAUUGGCUUAAGAGACUACCAGGAUAACAAGGCUGAUGUUAUUCUAAAAUACAAUGCAGAUGAAGCCAGAAGCCUGAAAGCAUAUGGGGAACUUCCAGAACAUGCUAAAAUCAAUGAAACAGAUACAUUUGGUCCUGGAGAUGAUGAUGAAAUCCAGUUUGAUGAUAUUGGAGAYGAUGAUGAAGACAUUGAUGAUAUCUAAUUUGGAGCAGAGGUUUACAUUCCGACUUUUUUCCUCCAAGGAUUGUUCUACAUUGAUACUUCAAUUAUUUUUUGGGUGAAGUCCCUUACUUUUAAGAAGACUGAAAAUUCUCGGUAAAGAGUGUAGUUUGUUACAUCAAAAGGAUUUAUUUUCAAUGUUUGUUUUAAAGUAUUUAUAUUUCUUUAGAAAUGGAUGAUGCUGGAUUAUCACAAAGGUUCAGUGACAUGCCACAAAUACUUUGUCUCUUCACCAAUUUGAGCUUUUAUCUCUGGAUGUAAGUGAGAUACAGUGAYAUGGGCUGUAAAAGACUGCAUUUUUCCCUCUUCUGCUUUCAUCACUACAAUUCCAGUUAAACUUGUAUUUUGAAAUAAAAAUUGUUUACCCUGUAAUUAUCAUGGAUUUUGAUUAAAGGUGAAUAACCCAGUUCAGAUUAGUAUCAAAUCAUACUAUGCAGUGUCUGUCCUUAUACCCCUUGCCUUGAUGUUAACUUUGAAAAAAAUUUUGAUAAUAUAAGAGGAAGGCAGAAAUCUGCAUUUAAACUCACAAUGCAUGAUGAAUCUGCUUUUCAUGUCUAGUAGCAUGCUGCUAUUUUUAUACUGAUUUUGAUAAUUAAAAAACACUCAUUGUUUCAAAGAUGUAAAUUUUCCACAGUGGAGGGAGGGGUGGGAGAGGAGUAAAGAUGGAAAAGCRAACAGCAUCUCAAAUUUUCACUUUUUGGAAACCACGUUUGGUGCAGUGGCUGAACAGGGAGACACGAAUGCAAAACCUGCCAAGUUGAGUUUGUACUGAAAAAUGCAUAAAAAAAUAGGUUUUCCCCAAAAUAAAUGCUUAACAUUCUUGAUAUGUUAAACAUGUAGAAUAUUUUUACAUUAUAUAAAAGGUUAUGUUAAGAGUAGAGUUUUAUUUUAAUCUGAAAUUCCAUACAUUGUAAGGUGCAACRUAAAAGCUUAUGUGAACUUUGAGUAACAAUAUAAAUAAGAAAAUAAAUUUGUGUCAAAAGUAGAAAGAAUCUUUUUUCAUCCAGAAUAAAUCAAUGAAACUACUGGAAAUAYUCUUGUCCACCUUCAGACUGGAGGAGUCAGAUGAGAAACUGAAUAAAGACUAACAUCAUCAUGCAAAUACUAUUUUGUGGUAGCCUUAGUGUCUUUGUCUUCAAUAAUGUAUUUAACAACUCUGAAAACAGGUSAAUGGAAAAAUUCCUGUUGUGCCAUAAAGAUCUGAUUCUUGACACUUGUAUUCCUUA